GGCACAUCGGGCAGGACUCCGGGCAGCGGCACAUCGGGCAGGACUCCGGGCAGCGGUACAUCGGGCAGGACUCCGGGCAGAGGCACAUCGAGCUGGACUCUGGGCAGAGGCACCAGGCGGAGCAGCGGGCGCCGGGCUCCCCGGCGGAGCAGCAGGCACCGGGCCACCAGGCGGGGAGGUGGGCGCCGGGCCCCCAGGCAGGGCGACAGGCAUCGGGCCCCCAGGCAGAGCGGCGGGCACUGGGCCCCCAGGCGGAGCGGCGGGCACCGGGCCCCCAGGAGGGGCGACAGGCAUCGGGCCCCCAGGAGGGGCGGCAGACACCGGGCCCCCAGGAGGGGCGGC